AUGAAUUAAUUAAUAUAAGAAUUAGAAUGCCGACAUUCUACAGUAUUUCCAAUAAUUUACAGUUUGCUUUCAAGUUUAUUUUUUGCAUUGACUGCAUUGACAAUAAAAUUAGUACCAGAAGUGGCUCCAACUUAAGUUUUAUAUGUUAGAUCAUUGUUUACAAUAAUAAUGUUAAAAUGGAUAGCAAAAGAUAAAAUAGAUAGUUAUCCAAAGAAAUAGUUAAAUAAAUUAUAAUGGAGAGGAUUAUGUGGAGGUUUAGGAACAGUUGCUUGGUUUUGGGCAGUUGGUUUGAUUUAAUCAUCAGAAGUAAUAGUUUUAUCAAAAAUAUCACCAUUAUGGACUGCUUUAAUAGCUGCAUAUAUUACGAAAACUGAUAGAUUAACAUAAAAAUUGUUAAUAAUAAUAAUAUUAUGUAUAAUUGGUGUAAUUUUGAUUGCAAGACCUCCUUUUUUAUUAUAGAUAUUAGGAGAAAACAAUGAAGAUGAAAAGAAUGACUAUGAUAUUCAUAUGUUAGGAGUAAUAUUGGCAUUAUCAGCUUCAAUUACAUAAUCAAUAGUUUAAGUAAUAAUAUCAAAUUUAGCUAAAUCUGUAAAUUAGAUGACAAUUCUAUAAUAUUUUUCAUUGUAUACAAUAGUGUUGCCUAUGCUAUUUUAAUUGUACAAUCAAUUUCCAUUGAAAUUUCCUACACAAAAGGAAUGGGUAUUCUUAUUAUUGAAUAGUGCUUCUGGAGGUUUGGCAUAAUUUUUUAUGAAUAGAUGUUUUAUAUUGGGCAAAUUGAAUAAGAUGUCACUUGUAGGAUAAUCAUAAGUACUAUUUAGCUAUUUUUUUGAUAUUGUUGUAUUGAAUGAAAGAAUUAAUAGUUUAAGUAUUAUUGGAAGUAUUUUAGUAUGUGGAUGUUUGAUUAGUGUGAUUUUAUGA